CUCCGCCUCCUCCGAGCCCAAUCCCCGGACUGCUGACGUGUUCGGGGUGUUUAGCCUAAUGCCUGAAGGACCCCUGCGCACUGCAGCCUCUGUCUGGAGAGCAGCAGCGGGUAGCAGUAAUAUAUAAGGACUGGUACCGCACGGUGCAGACGCAACACAGGCUGAGGUGGUGUAAGGCCAGUGACAGGGAUGCGGCGGGGACUGUGUGCAUUUGUGGUUACAGGCACUGCUGACGUCACGGGAUGGAGGUCCCAAGUAGCUGAUGCUGUCAGGAUUCAGGAACUAUCCCAGAGACGUAGAGCGGGCAGGAGGAGAGGGGCCGGCAGUACCACCACCCUUUGCAGCACGGGAGGGGGGCAGCACAGCGGCGCUGUGUGCCCAGCAACCGGGCUGCGCUACCACAACACUGGGGUCAACAGGGGACGGCAAUAAGGAAGUGAUCCCGCUGGCCGAGCGGCGCUGACACUCCUGGAGAGCUCCGGCAAUAGGGCUGUACCCGCUGUUGCCUCCGCACUGGCGCCCUGUCACACGCGUUGACACCUCAACAUGUGUCUCCUGCACUCUCUCGGCCUCCUUUGUGUGUGGCUUUAUGUUCCUUCAACAUUAGCUGGGGGCAGUCAGUACAAGCAAGGUGAUCCAGUCAUGCUCUAUGUGAAUAAAGUUGGACCGUACCACAACCCACAGGAAACGUAUCACUACUAUCAGCUGCCAGUAUGUGCCCCCACACAAAUCCGCCACAAGAGCCUGACCUUGGGAGAGGUUCUGGAUGGAGACCGAAUGGCAGAGUCCAUGUACAAGAUCACCUAUCGAGAUAAUGUGGAAAGACACACUCUUUGUGAGCUGAAGCUGUCUGUCCAUCAGGUAGAGGAGUUGCGCGAAGCCAUUGAGGAACUCUACUAUUUUGAGUUUGUGCUUGAUGAUAUACCAAUUCGUGGAUUUGUGGGCUACAUGGAGGAGAGUGGAUUCCUACCACAUACUCAUAAAAUUGGCUUGUGGUCUCAUCUGGACUUCAACAUUGAGUAUAAUGAGGACCGUAUUAUAUUUGCCAAUGUUAGCGUCCGAGAUGUGAAACCGUUUAGUUUGGAUGACGUUGCAGAGCCUCUCAGCUUGACACACACGUACAGUGUGCGUUGGUUUCCAACCACUGUGACCUAUGAGCGGCGUGGUGACCGUCUCAGAGACUCCAGCUUCUUUCCGAAAAGUUUGGAGAUUCAUUGGCUCUCCAUUAUUAAUUCUAUGGUGCUUGUUUUCUUGCUUCUGGGAUUUGUGGUCAUCAUACUCAUGCGUGUUCUUAAGAGUGACAUGGCACGUUACAAUUUAGACGAGGAAGGAACAGAUGACAUGGAACAGGGAGAUAAUGGAUGGAAGAUUAUUCACACGGAUGUUUUCCGCUUUCCCCCAUAUCGAAGUUUACUAUGUGCAAUUCUCGGUGUAGGUUCCCAAUUUCUUGCACUGGGGACAGGUAUUAUAGUCAUGGUUCUUCUGGGCCUGUUCAAUGUGCACAGACAUGGUGCUAUCAAUUCAGCAGCUAUCCUCCUGUAUGCACUCACUUGUUGUGUUUCUGGCUAUGUGUCUAGUAAUUUUUAUCGGCAGAUGGGUGGAGAUCGUUGGGUGUGGAACAUUGUACUGACUACUAGCCUAUUCUCAGCACCAUUUUUCCUAACCUGGAGUGUGGUAAAUUCAGUUCAUUGGGCCAAUGGAUCAACCCAAGCUCUUCCAGCAACCACAAUCCUCCUCCUCCUGACUGUCUGGCUGUUGGUUGGAUUUCCACUGACUGUAAUUGGGGGUAUUUUCGGUAAAAAUAGAUCAGGAUACUUUGAGGCUCCAUGUAGGACUAAGAACAUUGCCCGAGAGAUUCCUCGUCAGCCCUGGUAUAAGUCUGCUCCCGUCCACAUGGCAAUUGGUGGAUUCCUUCCGUUCAGUGCAAUUUCUGUGGAGCUGUAUUACAUUUUUGCUACUGUCUGGGGAAGAGAGCAGUACACACUGUAUGGGAUUCUGUUCAUUGUAUUUGCCAUCCUGCUGAGUGUUGGUGCCUGCAUAUCCGUGGCAUUGACCUACUUCCAGCUAUCGGGUGAAGAUUAUCGCUGGUGGUGGCGUUCAGUUUUGAGCACAGGAUCUACUGGAGCUUUUAUAUUUUUUUACUCUGUCUUCUACUACUGGCGUCGUUCAAACAUGUCUGGGGCCGUUCAAACUGUAGAGUUCUUUGGGUACUCUUUUCUUACUGCAUAUGUCUUCUUCCUCAUGCUUGGAACAGUCAGCUUCAUAGCAUCACUUCGAUUCAUUCGCUAUAUAUAUGUCAACUUCAAGAUGGACUGAGAUAAUGAAGAGACUGUUGUGCUUUGAAAAGCUGCAUAAAAUUUAAUGAACUGGGAAAGGAAAAAUCAAAAGAUCACACAGCUGGACUUCAUGUAACCGGAGGGUGGCAAAUUCAGGUAGAAAAAUAACCAAAAUGUGGAGUUGGGAUUAAGAUCCACAUGAAAGGGAAUUUUGGACAAGGAAAAUAACCUUUUGCAUCAUGUAGUGCGAGAUUUGGUUGGCAAGGAAAACUGGAAAUUGCAAAGUACUUUACAUGAUUUAAUAUGCAUCAGUUUCACUUUGCUGUCAGUGUCUCCACUUAUGUCUGUCUCUCAAAUUACUGGGUUUAUCUAUUUGUAAAGAUUUCUCCCCUUACUUUCCACUCAUUAUUCGAGCUGUGUUUGCAGCUGCAGAUCUUGUUCUCUGUCCAGCAAUCUCAUUCUUGGACAUAUAGGAAUGCCAGAUUGCCUUUUAUAAGAAACAAAUCAUCUUCUCCUCUGUUUUCUGCUGUCUGGCAGAGUCUGCACUCACUCUCGUCUGUACAGUGUGUUAGGGUGGUCUACUGUUAUCUUCAACCUAUCAUGAUUGUAAGAUGGUCUUCUGGGAUCUCUCUGGACUUCUCUCUGUCAGACAGACUCCUGCACUCUACUGGACUUCAGUACAAAUAUAUUUAUAUCUUUUUGGUUUCCUUUUUACAAAAUAAAAAAAAAACAGUUACCAAAACA